AAGCUACCGUAGAGGUGCCUUCGAGGUGCCGUCGAGGUGCCGUAGAGGAGGGCUGCGAGGGGUUGAGGUCGCGCAAGCGUCCUUACCAGUAUAUAUCGACGCUGUGCCUGAAACGCCCGGGCCCGCGGUUGCUAGAGUCAGCAGAGAUCCUCAGUAGUAAAGUCUGACUCGGUCAGCCGUCUCCUUCGCGGCGAUAGUUAUUUAUUCAUAAUCACAAACUCUUUAUUAUUAUUUUUCUUUCCCCCGUUAAUUAUUUUAAUAUCUUUAAAUAUUAAGUUUUAACUCUUCGUUUAUUGUUUUAAGUGAGGUUUAAUUUUUUUUUUAUUUUUAAGUAAUAAUAGUAAUAAUAAUAAUAAUAAUAAUAAUAGUAAUAAUAGUAAUAAUAUGUGUUGUGCUCGAGUUGUGAUGGUCAACUAGUACUGAUAAUAAAUAAGUAUAGAAGACGUUUUUAACUCAGCAUGAAAACUAAAAGCGAUACGAGGCGUGUCCUUGGUGAAUUAAAGCUUUGAAAGUAGAUGCUAGUUUAGUCGUUUUAACCGACUAAAAGUUAAUAAUUCAUCAGGAAGUAUACUUCCUAUUUAAAAACGCAAGAACAAUUUAUUGUAAUUGAAGGACCCAAAGAGGAAAAAUUGAGUAUACACAGGAUUGAGUGGCGGUCAUAAAGACCAAAGAGGGAAAGGGUGACGAGGUGAGUAAGUAAAGGUGAGGGGAUGCAGCGCGAAGGGGUGGCGGCAUGGACGAGCCCUCGGUGGAGGCUCUUAUGCAGGCGAGCCUCAUCUUCGUCGUCGGCGUCGCCAUCAUUCUUUCAAAUCUUCUCAUUAUCGCCACUUACCUCAACUUUCGUGGUCCCUCCGAGGUGAUAAAUUACUACUUACUAUCACUGGCAACAGCAGACUUAUUCUGCGGUCUGCUUGUUGUUCCACUCUCCAUAUAUCCAGCUCUCGUAAGAAGAUGGGUAUACGGAGACGUUGUUUGUCGACUUGUCGGUUAUCUUGAAAUUACUCUUCUGGCAGUGUCUGUUUAUACUUUUAUGUGGAUGUCUGUUGACCGUUAUUUGGCUAUUAGGAAACCUCUGCGUUACGAGACCGUGCAAACAAAAACACGAUGCCAGUGCUGGAUGGCCUUCACGUGGAUAAGCGUGGCAAUGAUGUGCUGUCCACCGCUUCUGGGCUUCAACAAACCGAUCUUUGACCGUGAAGCCUUCAUCUGUAUGCUCGAUUGGGGUAAUAUGGCAGCCUACACAAUAACCCUUUCGAUUCUCGUGCUCGGGCCCUCAGUUAUAACCAUCGUUUACACCUACACUUACAUAUUCUCCAUGAUGAGGAAAUUAAGAUCCGGCGUUCCGAUCCACGACAAGGAAUAUGCCACGGCCUUGUCUGAAAAUCUAAGCAAUCCAAGUCACAUAAUGUCUUUUGUACUGGUUAUGGCGUUCUGGCUAUCAUGGGCGCCUUAUGCUGGCCUCAAGAUUUAUUCUACUGUUAAUGGACCUCCACAGGUACCAUUUCUUCAAUUUGCUGUUGUAUGGUUUGGUAUAUUGAAUUCAUUUUGGAAAGCUAUUAUUCUUGGAACACUGAGUCCGCAGUUUCGUUUAGCUGCUCGUGUAUUAUGUCUUACACUUUGCUGUCGACACAGAAGAUUACCACCAGAGCUACUGGGCCUCGACGAUGAUGACUAAAAACAAAUAAAAUAUGAAAUUUAUAUAUUUAUGACAAUGUACUACUUUCUCGCGCGCGCAAUCCUAGAGAACAAAAAAAAAAACAAAAAAGAAAAGUAACAAACUAAAUAAAUAAAUCAUAACUGAUUUUAUUAUUUACAUAUAUACUCGAUAUGAUACUUAAAUAAUUUAUCACUUACUCAUAUUAACUUAUUACUAGAAAUAACGAAACAAUUCAACUUUGCUUAUUUAUCACAGAAUAAAUAAAAGAGUUAAUCAAAAUAAUAAAUUUCACGUUGAAUUGUUUUGUUAAGCUGUGCGAUGAAUAUUUCCAUUGAUACAUGAUUACUGAUAGUUGAUAAAUAUAUAAUAAUAAUAAUAAUAAUUUUAAUUAAUAACAAACGAGAUUUAGGUAAAGUAAAUUUUUGAUUAUACUUAAUAAUAAUUAAAAAUAAUAAUAAUAACGCAUUAGCGCAAAAGUAAUCUCGUUUCGCUCAAUUUUAGAGUUUGUUAAUAUAAAAGUAAAAUUUAAUCGUCACUAAGAGCGCGGAAGGUGCGUGCGCGAGUUUUAAAGUCAAAAUAAUAGAGCGAGAUAAAAAGAAAAAAAAUUUAUAAUCAUUGCCUAUUUAUGUCGUAAGAACACGCUCAAUAAAUGUUAUAGCGAGCUAAAAAAAAAAAAAAUAAAAAAUAAAUAAAA